GAGUGAGCAGUGCGAAGACCCUGUCUGGAAAGGCUUGCAACAGGGCUUUGCCAUUGGUCUGCGGGGCAGCAGCCCUGGCGUGCAAGCGAGGCGGGGCUGCGGGCCUGCGCGGGGCUGUAAACAGGGGCGGGCUGUGUCGCUGCGGUGUGGUGGCUCCCACCGCUGCGUGACACCGUGUCCCUGGGUGUCACCAGCGCGCACACUGAGAGGAACCUGCUUCGAUGUGCGUGUCAUGGCUUAAAAAUAGCUGCGAUCCACCUGCGCGCCGGGGCGGCGGCGCAGCGGCGGGGGCCGCGAAGGAGCCAUGGGCACCGGCCUGCGGGAGCCCGCAGGCCACCUCGGGAUCUGAGACCCUUGCGACCAGGAGGAAGAGCAGUCCCAAGGACAGCGGCUACCUGCUUCGGCUCUCCUGCCGGCCCUGUGACUUUCACCAUCGCUUGGGCAGCAGAAUCUAUUCUAAGAGAGGUUGUUGAGGGGAAAGGAUGGGUCUUUGAGCCCCAGGAGUAGAGCGACAGCUACCUGGUGACUGAGCCAAUCGCUGAAACCACUCCACAUUAGCCACAGUUCCUUCCACCUUGAAAAUGUGCCCUGGUAACUGGCUCUGGGCCUCCAUGACUUUUAUGGCUCGCUUCUCCCGAAGCAGCUCAAGGUCCCCCGUCCGUACUCGAGGGAGCCUGGAAGAGAUGCCUGCUGUUCACCAUCCCUUCCUCAACGUCUUCGAGUUGGAGAGACUCCUCUACACAGGCAAGACAGCCUGUAACCAUGCUGAUGAGGUCUGGCCGGGCCUCUACCUUGGAGACCAGGAUAUAGCCAACAACCGCCGGGAGCUCCGUCGCCUGGGCAUCACCCACGUCCUCAACGCCUCCCACAACAGGUGGCGAGGCACCCCUGAGGCCUACGAGGGACUGGGCAUCCGCUACCUGGGUGUCGAGGCCCAUGACUCGCCAGCCUUUGACAUGAGCGUCCACUUUCAGACCGCUGCGGACUUCAUCCAUCGGGCACUGAGCCAGCCAGGAGGGAAGAUCCUGGUGCACUGUGCGGUGGGAGUGAGCAGAUCCGCCACCCUGGUGCUGGCCUACCUCAUGCUGUAUCACCACUUCACCCUCGUGGAGGCCAUCAAGAAAGUCAAGGACCACAGAGGCAUCAUCCCCAACCGGGGCUUCUUGAGGCAGCUCCUAGCCCUGGACCGUAGGCUGCGGCAGGGUCUGGAGGCAUGAGCUAAAAGGAAUCAGGCCAGGUCUCCCGGGUGGUUGCCUGGCUCCCAGCUGGGAAGCAAAAACCCAGGUGGCAGGUAGUAGCAAGGUCAGACAACCCAUCCUCCCCCAGUGGCAGGAGAGUGAAGAGCCCCCAAGACCACUGUGGCUCCUUGUGGAUGGGGAUGGAGAGCCAGGUUGGGCAGUGUGAUCAGUGGGGGCUGCUGACCGGGGAAGGAAGCAGCUGGGCUGUAAGUAGAGAAUGGCUCUGCCAUUAGGAUUAGUUCCAGCAGGGUGUGCCCAAAUGACUCAGAAUCUCUUUCCUUCAUUGUGUUCAAGUGUCCGCCUCCCUCACCUUCCAAACAAAAGGACCACUGCCCUGCAGUACCUGAGCAGUGGGGAUGUCAGGGAUGCAGCGACACGAUGUGAAGGAAGGUGGUACAGGUUGCAGAAAACAUCAUAUAGAGUAGGUCGGUGAUGGAGUGGUGUGAAAGCCACCAAUGCAGAGGGAGAAAGUUAGAGCUGUGCACCUCCAGGAAGAGGAGGUGUGUGAGGACUGACCUGACACCCUAUGGGAGCUGCUCAGGGUCAAAUGACUUGGAGUCUUUAGGUGGCCAUAUUCUCACUGAAAACCAUGCGUCUGGAGUAAAAAAAUAAAGAGGUGAAAAUGAA